ACUCCUCUCUCUCUCUCUCUCUCUCUCUCUCUCUCUCUCUCUCUCUCUGUUUGUUUGUUUUUUUUUUAAGAAAUUGAGAAGAUCUGUUCUGGAGAUUUGGCUGAGGGAAUCUUGUGUUCUAGAAGUUGCUUUUACUGGUUUUUUACUUGCAUUUUUAGAGGAUUUAGGGUAUUUGGGUAUGUGGUUUGCUAUUGUUUGGAUCCAUGGAUGCGUGGGUGUGCUGUUUCUAGAUUUCUGGGGGCGUAGCGAGGCGGAUUAGGAAUUUUUUUUGUGUGGUUGUCUUGAUUUUUGGAGGUUGAAUUUGAUGAAGGAGGGGGGGAAUUUGGUUUUAGAAUCUGGGUUUGUUGAAUUUUGGGGUUUUUGAAGGGUUUUUUCGGAUUGUUGGGUUUUGUGGGAUUUGGAAAUUGGGUUUGCUGGGUUUUAGCGGGUUGAAUUUUGGGUGUUUUGUGUUUUGGAGGGUUCUGGAUUGUGGGUGUUUUGGAUUAAUGGGUUUUUAAAGGUUUCCGGAAUGUUGGUUGUUUGAAUUUGUGGGUUAUGAUUGAUGGAGGCGAGAAUUGGAGGUGAAAGUCAUCGUUUUUAUAGUCCGGUUGUGCCGGAUUUCUUGUUGAAGGAGGGGGAAUUGAUGGGGUCUGGAAAGAAGAGCAUGGAAUGGGAUUUGAAUGACUGGAAAUGGGAUGGCAAUCUAUUUGUCGCCAGCCCUUUGAAUUCCAACCCUCCAGAUUGCCGGAACAAGCAGUUCCUUCCAGCUGGAUCGCGAAUUCCAGCAAGUGCAGGUUUGUCAAACAGUUCAUCUUCUUGCUCUGAUGAGAUCGAUGUGGAAGGCGGGAGAGGGAAAGGAGAGUUGGAGAAGCGGAGGAGGGUUGUCAUGGUCAAGGAAGAUGGGUUGAAUGAUGAAGCUGGAUCUCUAACAUUGAAUCUUGGCGGGCAUGUUUAUCCAGUCACGGAAGCCAAAAUUGCAAAUUUGGAAGGGAAGAAGAACCAUUUGCAAGGGUUGAAUGCAAGCCGCUCAGUUUGCCAGGUAGAGGGUUGCCGGGCAGAUCUGAGUAAUUCCAGGGACUACCAUAGGAGGCAUAAGGUCUGUGAGAUGCACUCGAAGGCCACCAAGGCACUUGUUGGCAAUGUUAUGCAGCGUUUCUGUCAGCAGUGCAGCAGGUUUCAUAUUCUUCAAGAAUUUGAUGAAGGUAAGAGAAGCUGCCGUAGACGUUUGGCAGGCCAUAAUAGACGCAGGAGGAAAACUCAUCCUGAUGCUGUUGUUGGUGGGAGUUCCUUGAAUGAUGAUCGGGCUGGCAGCUAUCUAUUGAUAACCCUACUAAAAAUUCUCUCGAAUUUGCAUUCAAAUACCUCGGACCAGGCGAAGGAUCAGGGCCUUCUAUCACAUCUUUUGAGGAAUCUUGCCAGCAUUGCCGGAACGUCUGAUGGGAGGAACCUAUCCGGACUUCUGCAGGCUUCUCAGGAUUUGCAGAAGAAUGGGACUUCUGUUGGGACAUCUUCAGAAGUAGUGCCGGCUUUUCUUCCGAAUGGUACUACUUGUGUUAGUGCUCAAGGAUCCUCCAGACCUUUAUGCUUACCCUCCGAUGGAAUCAGAUGUGCUGAUGCUCAAGAUCAGUUGGAGAGGCUGGUGAAUCAGUCUCAAUCUGUCACAGUAGCUGCAGUAGGGCAGGCGCAGAAAGGAAUUGUUGUAGGCAAUUUGCUUGGUGAAGCAGUGAGAGCUAUUCCCACUACAGAACCCACAAACAUAUUUUCAAGAAAAGACAACCUUCCGUUCAAAGCAGAAGUUUCAAGCUCGUUACAGCACAAGUGGCCCCCAGAAUCUACAGAAGAGCAGGCCAAAAGAAAUAAUAUAGAUUUGAAUGACAUUUAUAUUGACUCACAGGACUGCACAGAAGAAUCUGAGAGGACAGAGAGCCAUGCAAAGGGGGCUGGUGCUCGUUAUAUUCCUUCAUGGGUACCGCAGGACUCUCAUCAGUCAAGUCCACCUCAGACAAGUGGUAAUUCAGAUUCACCAUCUGCUCAGUCACUAACUAGUUCCAAUGGAGAUGCGCAGAAUCGCACAGAUCGGAUUGUUUUCAAACUCUUUGGCAAAAACCCAAGUGAUUUCCCACUUGUUUUGCGAGCACAGAUACUCGAUUGGUUAUCCCAUAGUCCUACAGACAUCGAAAGCUACAUAAGGCCUGGCUGUAUCAUUCUAACCAUUUACCUUUGUCUAGCGGAGUCUGCAUGGGAGGAGCUUAGCUGUAAACUAGGCUCCAGCUUGCAUGGGCUUUUGAAUGCUUCAAAUGAUGAUUUCUGGAGUACAGGAUGGGUGCAUGCUAGGGUACGGCAUCGGAUGGCAUUUAUCUAUGAUGGUCAAGUCGUGCUGGAUGCAUCCUUGCCUCCCCAAUGUCAUAACCAUUGCAGGAUUUCAUGGGUCACGCCUAUCGCUGUAUCUGUUUCUGGGAGAGCUAGCUUCACUGUGAAAGGCUUUAAUCUGUGUAGAUCCUCCACAAGGUUACUCUGUGCAUUCGAAGGCAUGUAUUUAGCCCCAGAAACAUCACAGGCCUCUUUAGAGGACAAUGGUAUCUCGAAGGAGAACGACGAGAUCCAAUGCGUCAGCUUCUCUUGCUCACUUCCUGGUGUAACUGGGAGAGGAUUCAUUGAGGUUGAGGAUCAUGGUCUUAGCAAUGGCUUCUUUCCCUUCAUAGUCGCAGAACAAGAUAUGUGUUCUGAAAUUCGUACACUGGAAAGGGCAAUUGAGUCAAAUGAGUGCGAUGUCUCUGUCCAUAAGAGAACUGAUGUAAUGGAAGCCAGGAAUCAGGCCUUGGACUUUUUACAUGAAAUGGGUUGGCUUCUACGGAGGAGUCAUUUAUGGUCUAGAUCCAAUCAUAUGGAUGCUCACCUGGACAGCUUUCCUUUGAAACGAUUCAAGUGGCUCAUGGAAUUCUCCAUGGAUCGUGAUUGGUGCGCCGUAGUCAAGAAGCUUCUGGAUGUUGUAUUCGACGGGGCUGUAGAUGCUGGUGGGCAUUCUUCCGUUGAGCUCGCGUUGUCAGAAAUGGGUCUACUCCACAGAGCUGUCAGGAGAAACUGCAGGCCAAUGGUGGAGCUUCUGUUGAGAUAUGUUCCAAUGGGCCACCAAAAUGAGCAAGGAGUUGGAAAGGGAUCUGAUGGUGGCUUCUUGUUUAGUCCUGACAUGGUGGGGCCUGCCGGUGUGACCCCUCUUCACAUUGCAGCCAGUAGAGAUGAUACCGAGAACAUGCUAGAUGCUUUAACUGACGAUCCUGGACUGGUGGGAAUCGAAGCCUGGAAGAGCGCUCGAGACAGCAGUGGUUUUGCUCCUGAAGAUUACGCCCGCCUGAGAGGCUACUAUUCCUACAUCCACCUUGUACGCAAGAAAAUGAGCAACAAAGCCGGGCACGUGAUCCUUGACAUUUCCAGCAAUGCCCAGAAGCAAACGGACAGUCCAGAUUCUGGUAAGCUAACACGCUUUCAGAUUGAUAAACAAGAAGUAGGACCAAUUCGGCCACAUUGCAAGAUCUGCGAUCAGCGGGUUCUUUACAGAAACACAUACUGGUCUCUGCCUUACAGGCCUUUGAUGCUCUCUAUGGUGGCGAUUGCUGCCGUCUGUGUCUGUAUGGGCCUGCUAUUCCAUGGCCCGCCAGACAUUCUCUAUAUGUUUGGUCCAUUCAGGUGGGAAUUAUUGGAUUAUGGACCCAUCUGAGGCAACGGUUGAUUUUACUAGUCUGAGAAUUGUUGUAUCAGUUAUAAGCCGUAAAUCAGUGAGCCUGUGUUUUUGUUUGGUUGAUAAAAAUCAGACUGUUGUAUGAUUUGUUUUGUUAAUUAAUAGAAAUUCCAUUUAGAUUUUC